AUGCUCGAUGUUAUCCGUUCAGUGAAGUCUCUCUUAAAGGUAUCGCGAGUGCACAUCGAUAAUGAUGUAUUCCGACUGCACUACACCGCGACCUGUGUGAUCCUGCUUGCUUUCUGUAUAGUAGUCACCACGAAGCAGUAUGUAGGAGAUCCCAUCGACUGCGUCCGGUCCGCGGAGGUCCCUCAGAGCGUCAUCAAUACCUAUUGUUGGAUCCACGCGACCUACUCGGUCAAGUCGCUCAUGCAUCUAAGUCACCAAAAGGAUGUUGUGUACCCCGGUGUGGGGUCAAGAUCAUCAGCGGACUCUUCGCCAAGUGACCACAAAUACCAUAAAUACUACCAAUGGGUGUGCUUCAUGCUGUUUUUCCAGGCGACACUCUUCUAUAUUCCUCGUUGGCUAUGGAAGCUAUGGGAAGGAGGCAAGAUACAAACGCUUAUGAUGGACCUGGACGUAGGAAUGUGCGGUGAAACGGAGAGAAAGCAUAAAAAGAAGCUGCUCGUCGAUUAUCUCGUCAACUCGCUACGUCAACACGACUGGUACGUGGCCAAGUACUUUACCUGCGAAUUCAUGGCCUUCGCCAACGUGGUCGGCCAAAUUUUCCUUAUGGACAAAUUCUUCGAGGGGGAGUUCCUCACCUACGGACUUGAAGUGAUUCGCUUCAUGGACCAGGGAGACGAAGAGAGACUAGAUCCCAUGGUUCGAAUCUUCCCGAGGGUCGCCAAAUGCCAGUUCUAUAAGUUCGGUCAUUCGGGUACUAUAGAGACCCACGACGCCAUCUGUAUACUACCACUAAAUAUUGUCAAUGAGAAAAUCUAUAUUUUUCUUUGGUUCUGGUUCAUAAUCCUGUCUAUACUCACGGGGUUCGUAGUUUUACAACGAGUCAUUCUGACCGCGUGCCCGCCGGUACGCGUCUACUUGCUGAACAUGCGGUUCCGACUCGUACACUACGACCACUUUCACACCGUGGUGAGACGGGGUUCUCUUGGUGAUUGGUUCCUGAUUUACAUGCUCGGCCAAAACCUCGAUUCGAUGAUCUUCCGUGAGGUGAUCGCCGAUAUGGCUAAGAGGAUGACGGCCGAGCCUAAAGAUUCGUCUUCGGCUGCAUGA